GAAGGAAUGAACUGUAUGAAUAAGAACCAUGGCUGUGCACACAUCUGCCGAGAGACGCCCAAAGGAGGCAUUGCCUGUGAGUGCAGGCCAGGAUUUCAACUCACCAAGAACCAGAGAGACUGCAAAUUGACUUGUAACUAUGGCAAUGGGGGCUGCCAGCACACCUGUGAGGACACCGACCAAGGGCCCAAGUGCGGCUGUCACAUGAAGUUCGCCCUGCACUCUGAUGGCAAGACCUGUGUAGGGGAAAGAAGUGUCCAGCAGCAGGCAGCCCCACAGCUGUUACCCAAUGAGACUUGUGCAGUGAACAACGGUGGCUGUGACAGCACAUGUCAUGAUGCAGUGACGGGGGUACGCUGCAGUUGUCCCGUGGGCUUCACCCUUCAGCCUGACCGCAAGACGUGCAAAGACAUCGAUGAGUGUCGUCUCAACAACGGUGGCUGUGACCAUGUGUGUCGGAACACGGUGGGCAGCUUUGAGUGCAGCUGCAAGAAGGGCUACAAACUGCUGACUGAUGAGAGGACCUGCCAAGAUAUUGAUGAGUGCUCUUUUGAUAGAGCAUGUGAUCAUUCCUGCGUCAAUUCCCCUGGCAGCUUUCAGUGCUUCUGCCACAAGGGCUACGUGCUGUAUGGACUGGCCCACUGCGGAGAUAUUGACGAGUGCAGCAUUAACCACGGGGGCUGUAAAUUCGGCUGCAUGAACACUUUGGGAAGCUAUGAGUGUACCUGUCCCCCUGGCUACAAACUUCAUUGGAACAAGAAGGAUUGCAUCGAGCUGGUGAAGUGCGUGUCCAGCUGGGUCUCUCCCAAGGCCAGCCUGACCUGCAGCAAAACUGGCAAGAAAGAGAGCUGCUCCCUCACCUGUUCCUCCAAAGCUCACUAUCUGGCAGAAUCUGAUAACAGUUAUACAGUGAGCUGUGGGAUUCCUAUCCUCCGUGGCAAAAGUACCCCCAAAGCGAACAGCAGCAACUCACAGAGCUGUAUAGAGACUCUGGCUCCACCAGUGAAGCACAAAGCCUCUUUCAAGAUCAAAGACGCCAAGUGUCACCUGCACCCCAAACUGAAGGGCCGCCAGGAAGAGGGUGGGCGCCAGCAGGGGCCAGGGAGUGGGCAGCCCUGCAGCGACUGCUUCGUCACCUUCGUCAACCUGAAGUGCGACUCCUCCAAGAAAGCAAAGGGCCGCCGUACCCGCAACCCCCCCAACAAGGAGGUGACCAGGAUCACGCUGGAGCUGGAAGCAGAGAUCAAGCCCGGUGACGUCACAGGAAACUGCAAUCUGAACUGCCUAAGACAACGUAUGGAGAAGCAGGUGAAGUCCUACAUCAAGACCCUGAAGAAAUCCAUCAACCAGGAACGCUUCCUGAUCCGUGUGGCUGGUCUGGAUUAUGAGGUGGCCCAAAAGCUGGCGGGAGCCACCGAGAAGCAGGAGAACUGUGGACCGGGUCGGGAGAGAGAGAGUGGGCGCUGUGUCAGAUGUGUGCCCGGGUCCUACUACCAUGGGGAGCAGGAACGAUGCCUUCCGUGCCCACCAGGCACCUUCCAAGAGAAGGAGGGGCAGCUGGCCUGUGACCUCUGCCCUGGAAGUGAAGGCCAUGGACCUUCUGGUGCUCGAAAUAUAACAUCCUGUGCAGGUCAGUGCCCCACAGGGCAUUACUCCACCGACGGGUUCAAGCCCUGUCAGCCGUGCCCACAUGGAACCUACCAGCCAGACACAGGCCGGACCUUGUGCUUCCCCUGUGGCGGGGGGUUGAGCACCAAGUGGGAGGGUGCCAGUUCCUUCCACGACUGCGAGGCCAAAGUUCAGUGUUCUCCUGGUCACUACUACAAUACUACAGUCCAUCGAUGCAUUCGUUGCCCAGUAGGCACGUAUCAGCCAGACUUCCGCCAGAACUACUGUAUCUCCUGCCCUGGCAACACCACCACAGACUUUGACGGCGCCACCACUGUCUCCCAGUGCAAGAACCGGGAGUGUGGUGGCGAACUGGGCGAGUACACUGGCUAUAUCGAGUCACCCAAUUACCCGGGCAACUACCCUGCCAAUGUGGAGUGCACUUGGAACAUCAACCCCCCACCCAAGCGCAAGAUCCUCAUUGUGGUGCCCGAGAUCUUCCUGCCCUCCGAGGACGAAUGUGGGGACGUGCUGGUGAUGCGCAAAAACUCCUCUCCAACCUCCAUCACCACCUACGAGACGUGUCAGACAUACGAGCGUCCCAUUGCCUUCACGGCGCGCUCUCGCCGCCUCUGGAUCAACUUCAAAUCCAACGAGGCCAACAGUGCCCGGGGCUUCCAGAUCCCCUAUGUCACGUACGAUGAGGACUAUGAACAGCUGGUGGAGGACAUUGUGAGAGAUGGCAGGCUGUAUGCGUCUGAAAACCACCAAGAGAUCCUGAAGGAUAAGAAGCUGAUUAAAACCCUGUUUGAUGUGCUGGCUCACCCAAACCACUACUUCAACUACACCACCCGGGAGUCCAAGGAGAUGCUUCCACGAUCCUUCAUCCGCCUGCUCAGCAGCAAAGUCUCGGCCUUCCUCAGACCAUACAAGUAGCCCCAGGGCCAGCGAGCCAGCUACAUAGCCCGCAGCAGCAACAAGAUGACAAAGAGACUCUCUUUUUAUGGCUUUUAAAACAUACGUCACUAUGCAGAUUUUCAUUUUUUUCGGCUUUUGUUUCUACCGGCGGAUGUCACCCACCGAGCUGACUCCAGUCUUCUCAUUGAGUCAGACCAGAUUUUGGUUUGAUUGGCUCUUCCCCCCUCCAUCUUUAUUUAUCGCCACUUGUUGUUGUGUCCAUUUUUUGUUUGUCUGAAGUCCCGUGAAAGACGUUCGCAAAACCCUGUGCUUUAGCUGCAGCGAGAACUGUCUCCAUCACAGCUGCUUCCUUUCAAGGUGAAAGAACAUCCUUAUUAGAACAAUAAGGAACUUUUACAUACUUAAAAUGAAUUGAAAUUUUCACCGGAUGUGUGAAAGUGGUAAAGUGCUUUCUUGUUGGACUCUUAUGUAGUCUCCUUUUCCUAAAAUGGGACUUGAGCUCUGGUAUCUCUUAUUGUUUUGUACAUCUUAACUAUGUUCAGAGCAUUACUAUAUUCAGGCUCUUAGAGCAAUGCUUCUUAAGGUCUUGCUGUUAAAACAGUUUGAUUUCUUAUCUUUUUAUGUCCGUUUCUUGUUGGAUUGUAUUAGUUUGUGUUGCUUCCUUUUAAACUGUUCUUAUAUUCCAAGUUAAAUAGCUUCUCCAAACAGAAACCUCUAUUUUCAGCACACAUUUAGUGCUUCCAAAAAACACAGUAUAGGAAACCUAGAGAAACCCGAGUCUGUGAUCACAAUGUUUUUUAAUGUGCUUCACAUUAAAAACGGUCCCUUAACAGAGACGGAAAAAAAAAUGUUCCUGGGACAUCAGGUGCUCACUUCAAUGGUCACUUUAAAACUUGGUUUUGAUUCGAACCCUUGAAUAUUUAAGGGUUUCCCCCCAGAAGGAGCUACUUUUGUUGGAAAAAAAAAAUGGAUCUGAUAGAAAAGAGAGAAUUGAAAAACGUGACCGAAGACAAUAUAUGAAAGGAGCAGUUAAGGCAUACUAUAGCAAGUAUUCAAAACUGGCAAGUUAUUCAGAUAAUGUUAGGCCUCAUUUAAGUCACAGCUGUGACCCUGAGAUCUUGAUUCAUUGUUGUAAUUAACUGACUGUGAUGAAGUUUGAGCCCAGGUUUUCCAGGUGGCCCACCCCAAAUGAAUACCCUUUCACCCAAAGAAGCCAAGUCCUCUGCUGAUACCCUUCUCCCCCUCUAACUCUGUCCCACCAAAAUCAGCUCUUCCAAAGACUGCCUCAGUGGCAAGAUUAUCCUUUUUUAUUUUAUGCACUAGAUCUAGACCCACCAUCCUACCUUUGUUGUAAAAGUGCAAUGAUUUUAGUCUUCUUUUGUUGUUCUUUUGUAUACAGCAAGGGAAGAACAAUAUUUAUACCUGCCAAAACUGUACAAUGGAAUGUCUUUUUUAUUUUUUUAAAGAAUAUAUUCUUACGUUACUUUUGAAAUACAGCGACUGGCACUUGGGUUGUAUUUAAAAACAAAACAGGAUCUAAACGUUUUCAUGUCCCUUAAAAAUGGAUGUCAUUUUAAUUUAAAUAGUAAUAUACAUGUAUAUAUCUAAAGAACAUCCUUGCGGAUGAACAACUUUACAGGUCUUAAAACAAAGUUCUUCACAUUAUUGAAACUUCCUAGUGGUGCAUAUAUACUGUUAAUACACAUAGUGUGCAAGUUUAUUAGAACGCCCCAGUACUUCUGUAAACAUUCAUUUGCUGUGAAUGUGAAACCACUCUUUUUUUAAAACCCUGGUAAAUUGUCAAAAUAGAAAAAUUAGGUUAACAAAUUUAAUUUAUGUCCAUAUGCCACACAUAUCAGAUCAUUUUAAAAUGUUUAGAGAAAACUAAUACAUAGACUUUAACAUAGCAAAAUAGUAAAAAAGACUGCUUUGAAGUUUGGUUUUGAUUAUCUUCACAAAAUAGGUGGACAGCAGUCAGUACUAUUACCAGUCAUACUAUUUGUAGUAUCGUAUCCCAGGAAAAAUGCUGAUUAGGUAGAAUUUCAUAUGCCAGUAAGAUGACUUCAAAUAAACCUCCAAUAAAACCUUAACUUGGAUUUAGUUGUUAUGCUGCUUCAGGUUAGAUAGGUUUAUGAAAAUGUCAUGUACAGUACUUUUUUGGGUACAAAGCUCUAUAAUUCAAGAACCCUAUUAAAUGUGCACAUCACUGCACAAUAUUUCUACAAAUAGAAUAAUCUUCUGUCAGUUGGUACAAGUUUAGCAGUAAUUGCAUUAAAAAAUGAACAAAUCGCAUGGUUUUCAUACUACAAGAACACAUUUCCAGGUGUUCCACUGCACCUUCAUGACCAGAGACGCAUCAUGAGGACAGUAGAGCCCAGGCUGCCAUCGCUGUUUUCUUGAAUGUUAUGAAAGAAGCCAAGCUGCAUCAGUUCUCUUGAGUCUCAUAUUUAUAUCGGCUUUUUUUCGUUAUUCCGUUUCUGCAUAUCACUGUUCAACCACCCUCUUCCUCCUCUUCCUUUCCCAGCGCAUCAGCCUGAACACAAACACACACUCAUUUUUGUUUUAUUGCCUUUUUUUAAAAAAAAAAAUAAGAGUUUGCUAUGAUGAUGUAUCAUAGAGUUGAUAAUGGUAUUUGCACUUGAAAAUUGUUAUUGCUCAUGUAAAAAAUGAUGUCUGGAUUUUGUAUUGUCUUUUUUAAUGAAUGGAAUUUGGUGUUCUUACGUGUUUA